AUGAAGAGUAAUGUGACUAAGUGGGUUGUUCGCAUAAGGAGAGUAGAUGGUAUCGCUGAAGAUGAAAAGAUUACGCGAGACGUUGAUUGGAAUUCAGAUUCUAAUCGCGCUGCUCGCAGAUCCAAUGACUCUAGUUGGCUUAAUUUCCCUGUUAUCUUAGAAGGGUCCUUUAUAUCUGGUAGAGCUGCAGAUGGUUCUGACAAUCUUCUGCCCGAAGAUUUCCCUCUUUACCAUCCUUGGGAAUUUAAAUUACUCGAAAACGAGGAAAAGAAAGUAGCGGAUGCCAAAAGGGUGAAUUCUUUGGACGACAAAACUUUAGGCAAAAGCAAGAUCACUCCUAAGAAACGCGCAUCAAAAUCUGAAUCCAAGAAAACCUCGUUAAAAGAUGAUAUCUCUAGAAAGCGUGCGAGGUAUGAAUCUUCUGCAAGUUCAGAAACUUCAGAUAGAGAUACUUUUGUUUCUGAGGAAGAGGUGUCGAUUGAUUCGUAUCGAAAGAAGUCUGAUCUUUUUUCUGGCGAUUCUCUUGCUACUAUUGGGGAUGAUGAAACGAAUCGUUCCUUCAAGAUGAUCUCAGAGAUCUGUAUUAGUGCCCGCAUAUCUUAUGCCAUUUCUUUAGACAAUGAAAGAAAACUUCGCAGGUUGCAGGAUGAGAAUGCCAAACUGAAACAUGAGAAAUCUAUUCUUUCGGAUGUGAAUGCGAAUCUUAUAGGCGAGAAUACAAAACUCAAAAAUGAGAAUUUAACUGAUUCUCAAUUGAUUCUCCAAGAUCGAGAAAGAAAUAAGGAACUCAUUGAUGAAGCGGCUAACCUUCCCGAUGCUGAAACUCUUUUAGAACACCUCAAUUCCUCUUUAAAUAAUUACCCUAUUCGAGGAUUUGAAAAUCUUAGCUUGGAAGAACUAAGAUUAAAAUAUACUACCCUUAGCGAACGCCAUAAAAAUGCAUUAUCCGCUGUUAAUAAUUUCAAACGACGUUUUUAUGAGGAGAGAGAAGCAAUUCAAGUAUUGGAGGCGAAGAAGAACGAUCUUAUUACUCAAAAACAUGAAAUCGCUCUUAGGGGUGCGAAAGCACUAGAACAAUUUCAAGAAUCCAUUAUUGAGGUUAAGAUAGAACGUGAUUCAGAUUGUCGUGAGAGAGACACUCUUAUUGAGGAAAGAAACUUAAUUCAAUCUCAACUCCUUAUAAAACGUGAAGCUGAGUUCAACUGGGCUGCUAGAGUUCUAAACGAUGCUAGAUAUAAUCUAGAGAAAGAGAAGGUAUAUCAAAAGAGUAUUUCAGAGCUAAAAACUCGCUUGGCUGCUAAGGAAGAAGAAUCAUCUUCUCGUAACUCAAAGUAUCAGCAACUGAAGCAGAAUUGGUUUAACUUAGUCCAGAACAACAGUAACGAUGCUAAUCGUUCUCGUGAGGCCGCUGUUAAAAGAUCUUUCAAAGAUGAUAUUUUUGCCAGUUUGAAAAUUUCCCUUCCUUCAGCAUAUCUUGCAUAUACUCGACUUAAGGCAUUAUCAUGA